GGAUGAGUCACCGGGGCAGGCAGGACGAGACGCCGGGUUCGACAGCUCUCUGAUUCCGGGCACUGGCGCACGUGAGAAUGUUUCCUGUGUGUUCUUAUCUUGGCAUCUUUUGAGCACUGUUCUUUCUGCCUAGAACACGAUUACCACCCAUCACUGAAGGUCCUACCUUGGCCAGGAUGCCAACUUGUCUGGACAGCAGUUGAGGAUACUUCUACAGGUUUUAGUUAUCUUUUUUUAAUUUUUAUUGCUUUCAUGAUACUUUGUUUUACUUCUAUAAUGGUUCCAAUAUCUGCCUUAUUUUACAGUUAAAGAGUGCCUCAACUUUUAUCCUCAGGCUUUUAUGUCUGUUAGGAUUUUAAAGUUCUUAAGGGCCAGGAUCGUAAUUUUUUCAUCAUUUCAAUUCCUCAUGGGGUACCUCUGAUUGAUAAAAUAGAGACCCCCAAAAUAUUUGUGAACUUAAUUACAUUUUGAAUGGUGAACAUUUGAUUUAAGAAGACCUUACAAAUAACACAUGGAUGCUGACAUUUACAAAUUGCUAGGAACUCCCCAUUUCAUCAAUUUCAUUGUUCCAGGAUAUUGCUUCUUCAUUCAUUUCUUUCUACCAAUUUUGUCUUUUAAUUCACCUCCUUCAAUAAUACAUUCCAUAAUAUUUUACAGUUUAGUCAUAAUGUUUGUGUGGGAGAGUGCUACUCCGGUGGCUAGCACUUCUGAGAUCCAGUGAUAAUUUGGGAGAGAUUAAAAUGCCACAGUAAAGCUUUGCUUUUAUGUUGCCACUCUCAAUAUACCAUUUUAUUUUUUUUUGCUAACCCCAGAUAACUGAGGAGGACUCAUAAUUGCAUACAUAUUUUAGUGUCAAAUGUGGGAUCCUACUAAUUGAUAGAAUUUGUUAAAGAAGCUACAAAAUGGAUGGGCCCUAAGUAAAGUCAUCAACAUUUGAACACUGCCCUUAGUGCUGCCUUUGCCCUGAAAUCUCUAGACACCCACUUACAAAUUCCUGGCAUCUCUCUCAAUCGCCCGCAGUACCCCUUGUCUUCUACUUUCUCUUCAACGGUAUCUUUCCUCCAUUGUGUAGUUGAAGAAUAAGUUUUUGCAUAGGUGGUAAUGAAUGGUAACAUUCACUUUUAACUUAGACUGUCUGGAGAAAUCCAAAAGGUAAUUCUAACAUACAGAAUUGUAGACAUGGUGGCAAGGCAGUGAGAAAAAGGCUGUGGAAACUUGAGUUAGUCAUUUAAAAGAUCUCUGCAGGGCACCAUUCCAGCCUCAGCUCAAAUGUUACCCACCAAUUGCCAGACUGACUUCAGUUGACUUCUAAGCCCAUCGAUUCUAAAGUAGGUUCUUUCCACAUCAAAGCUUUCUAUUUUCUUGAUAACAGUUAUCAGUAUGUGAAAUGAUCUUAUUUAUUGAUUUACUUGAUGGUUAUCUAUCCCUAGUAGAAUAUAAAUUCUGUGAAAUAGGGAUUGGCUUAUAUUCCAUUGUAUCCCUAGCACUGACACAAAGUAGAGACUCAAUAGAUAUUUGUAAAACAAAAGAACUGAAUGAACACUUAUACAAAUAAUACCUUGAUGUACACAUUAUCAAAUCAUUUAAAGUGCUUACAGGGAUUAGUGUCUGUAUUAACUAUCUAGAAAAUUACAGUACACAGUUUUUACAAAUGUUAAAUAUUAAUAGUAUUCCCUAAUCACUUAAAUUUUUUUUUAAUUUUACAAAUGUUUCGUAGAGUUCUUACAAAGACUGGAAUCCUGUAAAUUCCAUUCAAAUUCUAAGCUAGAUUUUCUAUAUCCCCAACAUGUGUAUAACAUGACAAACAUUCACCAAAUACACUUUCAUUAAAAUCCGACAGUGUAACCCCAAUUUGAAGAAAAUCCCAUACUUGAAAACAAAGUUUGAGUUUGCCACAAUAUUUUAAAAAUUCAAUAUGCACUAUUGUGUAACAUAUCUCAAACUCUGGUAUAUUUCCUUUAAAUGCUGUUUAAAGCCUAGUUAUUAAAGUGUAAGUGUUCUCAAAGACUUUAAGAUAUUUCUAUACUGCAGCUGACAAACAUAACUUUACAGAAUUUAAAGUAGUUCUUUAGUGCUAAAAGAAUUAAAUGCAGUGUACAUGUACAAGGAAGGACCUAAAAUUAGUGGUCCCCACCAGAAAGAGGGUUACUUACUCCCUGAUCACCGGUAAAAUUAAUAGACCAAUGGCCAGGAGGAAGUCUUGAAAGAUAAAGAUCUUUAAUCUGGAAAUGAAAUACAAAAGAUAGACUAUUUCUAGGACCUUUUAUAGAGAGCAGUAAUUUAGGAGUCAACAGGGUAUCAUCCUCACAGGAAACAAAACCUUCUCUGGUAAGCAUAUGCUCUAGUGUCCAAGACCAUUUCCUUUAAGUUUUCUUGCCCCCCAAAUCUAGUAAAGAACGGGGUAAAAGAGUAAGAGACUAAGAGUAAGAGACUAAAGAAGGGAAGGAAAGACGAAGAGGGAGAGAGUAAGGAUGAGAGAGAGAGAAACCGAGCCAGGAGAAAAGGAGAGAGUUGGAUGGGGAUCCGCCCGAGAAAGAAUUGCCCUCCAAGCCCCGCCCCUGUUUCCCAGGUAACCGGGUAAACAGACCUCCACCUCCUUUCCCUGUGAGAACUCCGCUAGGUGUUAAGUGGUAGGCUGGAAGCAGUGCAGAGUGGAGAUGUGCUCUUUCGUGAGAGAGGUAUCCCCCAAAGGGUUGGAGCCCCCCAAGAAAUUGGGGACUUCCCUCCAGCCAGGUACAGCUUUCCCCUUAGAGAUGAGCGCCUUUGGAGGAAUGAGGGUGUCUGAGAGAAAUUCUCCCCUGAGCAUGGAGGUCGGAUUCACCCAUGAAGGAAAGGAUGACUUAGGAGAGAGGAGAGUCUUCAUGGGACCAAAAUCUCCCCCAGAGUUGGGGCUCAGAGUGGGAUUAGGAAAAGAAGAUUUCCCAUGGAGGGAGAGCCUCUUGGUUAGUAAUAACCAUGAGGAGAGGAUGGCAUCACCACAAACAAAAUCUCCAUUAACCAAAGGGCUGGAAAUGCGAUUCAAAAGACAGAAUAUUUCUAGGAACCCUAUGGAGAGGAGUAAUUUAGGAGUCAACAUGGUAUCUUCCUCACAGGAAACAAAACCUUCUCUGGGUAUGCUUCCAGGAAGAGUGGGUUUAGAAAAUGAGUGUCUUCCAGCAGGGUGUUCUUCUGGAAGGAUAAUGCGGCCUCCCUUGGGCAUGGUGUAUGAAAGUCCACAGGCUCUAGGGAGCAGGAGAAGUCCUGUGGCUGGUGCCCCUGAAGGGUUAGGGGCUUCCGUGGGGAAACAGCCGGUUCUGGGUGUGGAACUUAGGCAGGAACUGGAAAAAGAGUCGACCUGUGUGGUGAUGAAGCCCAGUGCAGAGAUGAAGCCUCCUGUGGAGGUGGACGUUGGGCUACCCCAACCAGAGGAGCCAGAUGAAAUGAAGAAUGGAGAACCCAAAAUGGGCUUGGUGAUAGACCCUGAGUGCGAGUUUGCCCAACAACCUGAAGAGAAAAAGGAGGCUGAAAACAUUGAGCCAGGACUGGAACCUCCAGAUCACAUCAGACCCAUAUACUCUGGGAAAUUUUUUGAUCGAAUGCCUUGCUGGCCAAGUGCAGGGAAAGUUAUUCCAGUCGGAUACAGAGUUGCAACCUGCUUGACUGAAAAACUUCCCAGGUUAAUUACUCCACCUGCGGCCAAAAAAUUUUUCAACUUCAGAUAUCCACCUCCGGGAGCUGAAAGAGUAUUUUAUGGCAGAGCAAAUGAUCCUCAAAUUGCACCUUAUUGGACACAUGGAAUAAAAUCUAAAACUUCAAUACCGGCAAAGGUAUUAAUAAACCCACAGCCUAUCACAGCAUUUCAACAGAAAAUUAAAGAUAAAAAGGAAUCAAUAUAUUAUAGCAAUCAACGAGCACCAUUAGGAACAUCUCAUGAUCAAACACCAGGAUUACCUAAAGGCUUGGAUGUACUCAGUACAACAUUUGGGAGAAGAGUCAUCAGAGAAAUAUCUGCUGGAGAUGUGGUGAAUCCACCAAAAACCUAUGAAGAAGUAUUUAAAGAAGGAAAGGAAGGACACGAUCUGUAUAUUGUUUCUCACAAUGAUUAUUAUGUGGGAGAAGCAAAGAACCGAAAGUAUAACCCAUCAAGUUUCCAUAGGUUUAACUUGUACGGAGUUCCAACACCACAUUUUAAUGAUGGACGCAACGCGGCAAAAUCUUUAUAUUGGCUCCAUGAACUACAAAUGAGAAGAGGAGCUAAGGUUGUAUCCAAGAGAGUUGAUGAUUUCAAAGAAAAGUUUCAACAUAAACUUGGAAGAGUUUUAGAUCCCAUUGCAGAAACAAUGACUGUUCCCCCAGACCACACAUUUGGAGCUUGUUCCCAUCCUGAGGAUUAUGGAGCUGGUGACCUCAUCUAUAACAGACUUCCGGGUGAAUAUCUUCGAGGCAAGGAUCGACAGCGAGCCCUGGUUGCAGCAGUUCGGCAUCACUUGAAGAAAGUUAACUGUGAAAGCUUUGACACUUUGCUGGAAGCCUUCAGGCACUAUGACAAGAAGGGAGAUGGGGUGAUAGAUAAAGCUGAGCUUCGGGAAGCGUGUGACCAGGCCAACCUGCAUGUAGAUGAGAAGCUCCUGGACCAACUAUUUGACUAUUGUGAUGUGGAUAAUGAUGGGCUGAUUAACUACCUAGAAUUUGCCAAUUUUCUUAACUGGAAAGAUAAAGUGCCUCUUAAAGAGUAUGAAGAGAGGGUCAUCAUUAAAGGUAGAAAACCAGAUUGUGCAAACACUGCUGAGGCUACUGCUGAAGAAUCUGAACCAACUCUCCUGAUAAAGCCUGAAGAUAUUGUCUUAAAAGAACCAGGGAGGUCAGAAAAGACUCUCCGGACACUUUUGAGGCCAAGCGAUAAAGUUUCUAAUCACUAUAAGACAACGUCUUCUGAGAUCAGUGCGGUUGUAGGAGCUGUUCCUUCUAUGUGUUAUCCCAUCUGUGGUGUUCCAACCAUUCGGUCUGAUAUUCCUGCCCCCAGAAUUCGCCGCAUCAGUGAUAGAACUAAUUAUGGUGAAGAGGGUAAUGCCUAUUCCUUACUACAUCCUACCAUCUUUGGCCAGAAAGGAGUGUAUGAAAGAGACUUCUUCAAGACCAGAUCAAAAAAAGAGAUUGCAGAGAUAUUAUGUAACAUUGGUGUCAAGCUUUCUGAGGAAGAAUUUGAAAACGUGUGGAAACUUGCAUCAGAAAAACAUCACAGAGGAGAAGUUUGUGUUGAGAACAUUAGAAAUGUUCUAGAUGAGCUACAACAUGCAGACCGGAUCAAGUGUAAAACAACCACGUGAUAUUUUUGGAGUUCAUUCAUUUAAAUAAAAGAAUUGUUAAAUCUGUGUUCAUCUAAAAUAUUCAGUCCAUUCUGAUUUUAGCUAUUACGUUAUAAUUCAGCAGUCACUGUGGUAGGACU